CGCGCGCACGCUCUCAGUUCAGCCACGAUUGCUCAGGAACGCAUCCACGCCCUGAGAGCUAGACGCUUAACCAAUCAUGGCAGACGCGUGGAGCAUGACGGGAACUCCGGGGCUAUAAAAGAGCGAGUUGCUAUUUUAUCCUCACCGAAUCACUCAUCCUUUAAGCAAGCAGGGUGGGGCUGGGUGCGCCUGCGCGGUUUUAAAAACCCCUCCCCAAACUGCCAACACUUCGCGCAAGCGAAGUAGAUCUUCCUGGCCUUGUAUUACGCGUGCGCACUGACAAGCCUAACCCCGGAAGACCAUACGCUUGCGCAGUAAGAACUACGGUGACAGUACUCCCGGUGGGGCGCUGGCCAGUCAUGGCGGAGCCUUGGGCCGGGCAGUUUCUGCAAGCUUUGCCCGCCACGGUGCUCGGAGCGCUGGGCACCCUGGGCAGCGACUUUCUGCGGGAGUGGGAGACACAAGACAUGCGAGUGACUCUCUUCAAGCUCCUCCUGCUGUGGUUGGUGUUAAGUCUCCUGGGCAUCCAGCUGGCCUGGGGGUUCUACGGGAACACAGUGACCGGGUUGUAUCACCGUCCAGAUCCCCACCCUCAGCCUCCUGCAGCUCUGGGUGUGUUCCUGCCUCCAGGUCUGGGUGGCCAGAAUGGAUCCACACCUGAUGGCUCCACACAUUUCUCUUCAUGGGAGAUAGCAGCAAAUGAAGCUCUCAAAACGCACAGAGAAUAAGGGAAGGCAGCAGCAGAAGGGUCUCCAGAGAUAUCGCUGGGUCCGUUGGCUCCUGUGCUAUUUGUUGCUGCUGUCCAGACCCCUUGGACAACUGCAGAGGGCUUGGGGUUGGGGGACUGGAGUACCAUGAUGCUUCCAGUGUGAGCCUCCGCUGCCCUCAGCCUUGCCUCCAACAGCUUCAGGUACUGGGCAGGUGAAGUUUGUCUCUAACAAAAGGAAAGACUUCUUGUCAAGGGUCAUUGCUUAGAAACAUUUUGGUUGAGGAAGUCAGUGGUCCCUUUCUCACCUUGGCUUUUUCCUGACAUAGUCAUCCCCUUGGGAUGUGAUCUUAGAGAAAUUGGUUCUUCUAAGAGGAAUCUUGAGGUUGGCCAGUUCUGAGAUUUAGAAAGAAAGCCAGUUCUCCCAUAGACUCUGACUUUCUUGGCUUUGCUUCGUAGGCAAAAAGCCAGUUAAUCCUGGCCUGGACUAGGGCACCAAACCUGUCCCUCCCUGGCGGAGCUCCAAUCUUCUACGUCUGAGGCAGGCAGAGGAAGUUAUCAUUUCCCACUGACUUGUCUCUCUGUUCUUUUUGAGGACAAGUUGAAUUCCUAAGAGACAUCUCACUAAGAUCCCUUGGUAUUGGCGAGCUCUCCACUGCUGAAGUACCCACAGGCUUUUUUGGUCCGUACUUGCCCCCUCCUAAGGAGGUACUAAGUAGUUAGUGCAAUGACUUCACUGUGCCCUGUUACCUUGUUACUUCCCAUCUUGAUAAGGGCCUAGUCCUGAGAGUCCACCAGCCUCAUUUCAGCCUCUAGGAAUAGCAGUAAGAGCAAGCCACAAGCCAGAUAGCUCUGUGCCCUUCACCAUGGGUCAGAAGAGGUUCCAAGGGGGUGGGUGUCCCCACCAGUGUCCCCAUGAAAACGCCACUUCCUCAGAGCACUGUGGUUCCUAAAAGCAUUGUGGUCCUGGAUCUGUCUCCUCUAACAGUUGUACUCCUGUCUCUGCUGGGCUACUAGCUACCUCAGGUGUCCACUGUCUCUUUGUUAGAUGUCAUAUAGCCAUCUGGCAGCCAUUGCCUACUGAGACUUUGUAGCAGGUGUACUAUAGGUGAACUGUACUGAGCGCCUCGUGCACGUGCACCUACUGGAGAGAUGUCAUCUGUGUGGCAAGAUGUUCUUCACAGCCUCAUGCCCACCCACUGACAUCACUACAAGAGUCAAGGUCUCACAUUCCACCCCAGGAGCAACUGAAGAUGUGGCAUAUUAAACACAGAAGUGCA